AUGAAGUCUGUUGCCAGAUUGAGCACUGCAGCCCUCCGCAGAGCCGCCGCCGCGCCUCUGCGCGCGUCGAUGCCGGCGAACUGCAUCAUCACUCGAGCUGCAGCUGUGCACACUAGCAGAGCUUCAGUGCGCGCCUUUCACGGCAGCACCAGCGUGCGUGGCAUCAUGCCUGAUUCGGAGAACCCGCCCCCCAAGCAGUCUGAAGACCACGAGAACCCCACCGUGCCCACGGACAUUUCCACGAGCGAGUUCCACGAGCGUGCCGACGAGUACUUGAACGAGCUGGUCGAGCGACUGGAAGAGGCGCAGGAGAAGAACCCCGACAUUGAGGUCGAAUACUCGGCCGGUGUCCUCAGAGUCGACUUCAUCUCCAAGCAGCUCAGCUACGUGCUCAACAAGCAGCCGCCCAACAAGCAGAUCUGGCUCAGCUCGCCCAUUUCAGGCCCCAAGCGCUUCGACUGGGUCGUCCUGCAGGAAGGACAGAAUGCGAAGCAGGACGGCGGCAGCGGUGACUGGGUGUACCUCCGCGACGGCACGAGCUUGACUGACGUCAUUCGCAAGGAGCUGGCGGUUGACAACGAGGUGGACGACGAUGUCCCAAGAUAG